UGCAGCGGGGUCCAGUCUGCUGCUGCAAGCGGAGCAAACCUGGCAACCUGGCAGCAUUUACGGGAGACCGAUUGGCAAUCUGGCAAUGCGGAAAUAGAUCUGGCACCCCCGAUCCAGGACUGAGUAGAGAGGCGUGACAUAGCGAGCAGAGAAGAGAGGGGAUUGCUUUGACAAAGAUAUAAUAAUCAACUCUUUUCUUCCUGUUUUUCCUUUUUUUAAAUAAAAGUGCUCAGGUGCGCUCCAUCUGCACCGGCUGGGAUUUUCCAGCGUUUGUUUCUUUUAAUUUGACAAGUCUGAGAAGAGGGGCAAAGGAGAAGUGCGUUUUUAUUGCGCGGAAACCGGACUUCUUUACUGACUUUUCCUUUUUUGCAUCAAGCAUGGAUCUGUUGGCGAAUUACAGUAUUUUCCAGGAACUUCAACUCGUUCAUGACACUGGUUAUUUCUCUGCGAUGCCUUCCCUGGAGGAGAACUGGCAGCAGACGUGCCUAGAGUUGGAGCGGUAUCUACAAACGGAGCCCAAGCGACUCUCCGAACUCUUUGACGAGGAGCUGGACUGUCUCUUAACGCCGGCUUUCAUGCAGGGUGGUGACAGUGACGAGGACCUGAUGGACCCCCUCCUCCCCAGCCUCCCUGACCAACCCAGCCCGCCUCCUCUACUGGUGACUCUUCCCAAGGUUCAGGCCAAAAUCCUCCAUGUGCCCAACCUUAGCAAGACCCAGUCAGAAGCAGGGACUGAAACCGUAACAACAAAAGACCAUGUCCUCGCAGGAGUUAGCGCUGCACAGCUUAGUGCAGCAGUUACAUCCCUAACGCCGCCGUCGUCACCAGAGCUCGGCCGCCACCUCAUUAAGCCAACACAAACACUGACUGCAACGGCAGACGGUACUCUAACACUCAAACUUGUGGCAAAGAAGGUUGGAUUAGGAGCGGCUAAACUGGUGGCAGCGCGGGCAUUACCGUCGCCGCCAAGCCGAGGAGGAGCCCUCAGUGACGGCGAGCAUGGUGGAGGAGGAAGCCUGGGAGGAGACGUACCAGAGAACAAAAAGAGAGUCCACCGGUGUCAGUUCAACGGCUGCAGGAAGGUUUACACCAAGAGCUCUCAUCUGAAGGCACAUCAGAGGACUCACACAGGUGAGAAGCCCUAUAAGUGCUCAUGGGAGGGCUGUGAAUGGCGUUUUGCCCGCAGUGACGAGUUGACACGACACUACCGCAAACACACCGGAGCGAAGCCAUUCAAGUGCAACCACUGCGACAGGUGUUUCUCCCGGUCAGACCACCUGGCCCUGCACAUGAAGAGGCACAUCUGAGGUGCAGAAGGGAGAAGGAGUGGGAGAGGAGGAAGAUGAAGAUGAAGAGGAGGAGGAGGAGGAGAGAAAGGAGGAGAGAGGGAUGGGCAGUCAAGCUACCAACCACCCGCCUCGUUCACCCCGUCCUUAAACCAUGACACCUGCAGGGCGGCCAAUCCAUCUGAGAGGGCCGUAAAAAAAAAAAAAAAAAUCGAACGGACUGACGGCCUCUCUCACCGCAGACAGGAGUCGGAGGAAAACGAGGAGUAGCUAGAUUGUUGAUUUUCUUUAAAAUUACACACUCGCACACUUGCAAUAGUAAACACUCAACACAGCCGUCUUUGAAUGCAUCAUCCCGGUGAACCCCAGGCUGCUCUCAUGCAGCUCUGGGGGCUUGGACACUGCCAAACCAACAUAUACUUAACUUGCUUGAUGAAACAUUACGCCGCCUUUUUUCUUUCUCUGUAGUCAGUGUGAGUCACUUUGGGUGAGGAGAUAGUUCAGUGGGGAAACUUCAAUAUCCAUAUAAUAGUCAGUUUGUUAGUGCUUAACCGGAUUUUUAAAUCAAAUACUCAACUUUUUUCAUUGUUUUUUCUCAUACAUGGAACUAAAUAAACCAUCAUCUGCCGCAGUCAGCUUCAGUUACUUACGUGAAGAAAACAACAAUGCCAAAAUCUGCAGGAGAGAGACUGUACAGAUUGACUUCUAGCAGAGCUGACUAUCCUAACCCGUGUUGGACGCUGGGUGUUUCAGUGCACCUAUGGGACCUCGGUUCAGUCAGCGGGUGCUCCUGCAGCUCUCAGGCUCUCCUCCAGUUAGUGUUCGCAUCUCUCACCUUCACUGAGACGCCUGCCACCUCCGCAGGCCAUCUGACAGAAAUGCGCAGCGACACUUUCUUCCCUUUUUUUCUACUUUGAGGACAAUAAUUCUUCUUAUUGUUGUUGAUACAAAGAAUGACACUUUGUUCUUUUCUCUCUCUUGGAGAAAAUGUCUUAAAACUCAUUGAAUUGUGUUUUUGAGGUGGGGGGGGGGGAAUAAAAAAAAAAAAUCUAAGAUGACUUCAACAGAAUGUGUGGGAUGAGAAGGAGGACGUUGUUGGUCUUUUAAUCCCCAUGUGCACCGGCUGUACUUUUGCAGUCUGUAAGCAACCAGCGGAUGAACAAGAAGAAAAAAAAAACAGAAUCAUACCGACUCUCAGAAAAGGGAUUUGUAAUUUUUCUUUUUGUUUGAAAAAAAAAUAAAAGCAAGGAGCAGAGAGGUCUUCAUUUUUUUUGUGCUGCUCCUUCUGCCCUGCGAUUCACUCCAGAUGGAAAACAAAACCCUCGUAUGACCCGCCGUGGUUUCGCACUCUGUCGGAGUCAGGCAGAGGACUUGCUUAAAAAACUCAAAACCUUUCUUCUUUUUUUUUUUUUUUCUUCCUCGUUCUUCGUUUCUUUUUGUUGAUUCUAUAAAAACUCAUCCUGGAGCGCUCUCACAGACUCUGAAAUCUCACCCCCCUGGCAUCACUGCAGGGCAAGAGCAGAGGCUGACGAGCCGCUUUUUGGUUAUUCACGUGGGAUUUAAGACGCCAACGGACCUUUUGUGCGCCGUGCCCGGACAGACGCGGUCACACGCACGGCCUGGUCAAACUUGCCUGUUUCGUAUCCAUUGACUGCACUGACUUUUUUUCUUUUUUUCAAUGUUAUCUGUGCUUUUUUUUCUACAGCGAAAAAAGGAACACAAAGACAAAAAAAUGAUAAAAAGACUUGAAAAAAAAUCCAACACAAAAAACAAUCCUGUCUCGCUCUACACAUUGUAUACAGAACAAGCACACAUACUCCGUCAACACACAUGCACACACACACACACACACACACACACACACACACACACACACACACACACACAGACUUACACUGCAGUUUCUUUUUGCUUACGGCUCUUCUCGAGAUAAGACUAAUAAGAUUUAGGAAAUAAUUAUUAAACUAAUGAACAGAGUUGGAAAACAAAACACUGCAUGGCAGCCUUUAGUGCAAAUACACACACACACAUACACACCAGCUCAUGUACGCACAGACACACACACACACACACACACACACACGCACACUCUUCCUGGAUUUAUAUGUUCUGCUCCCAGAUCUUUUUUCACAGUAGGAAUUUAGCAACUGUUGUUUAGUAGAGGAGUAUCUUAGCUCUCGGCUGGAGGUAACAAACGAUUCCAAAUCCUUUGAAGUGAGAAAUCAGCUUGUUCUCAGUUCCAACAAUCACCCACAUAUCCUUCGCUACAGUUUCUGCCUCUCAUUUAAUCAGCGUUUUUUACUUCAGAGACUCUUAGCUGCAAUCGGGGGUAUAAGCCACUUUUAUCAGACUUUCAUCUCGAGUAAAUAGAAAUAAAUCAACUCCGACAGGCCUUUUAUCAAAACUUCAUACAACUGCUGAAAACAUAUCGAUAAUCCUGUCGAUAAUGUACAGAGAAUUAGAAUUAUCAAGGUCCCUUUUCAAGCAUCAGCUCGUCUGGUUCUAUGAAAACCUCUUGUGAAUCAGCUUCUCAAUUACAAAAAAAAAACCAGACGUUUGGCUGUUGCACAAAUUGUCGGUGGGAUCACAUCCUCGGAAAACUUUCCCACAAUUGAUGUCACCAGAACAGCAAUCAACAAAAGUUUAAGACCAAAUUUUUAUAUGAAGAAUACGAUUUCAGAGAAACUGAUUAUCACACUUAAAGCUACCCUGCAAGAUUUUGGCCCACAAGUACUGCUCGUUUUAGUUUUGAGUUUCCAUAUACAUCCCAAAACUCAUAAUCAACAUCUAUUUACCCAGAUCAACAGACCAACAGAUGGAAGUAGUUACGCUCAAGAAAUAUGAAGUAAUGUACCAACAAAGGCAAGAAAGAAGGAGACUGCUAAGGAACCAACACAUGAAUAAAUGCAGAAUUAAGUACUUAAAAAUAAAUAUGACUUUGUGAAGAAGGACAUAAAAUGAACCUUUUCAUUGAAUGUAAAACUAGGAAAAUUGUAUUUUUGUAAACAUGGUGUUGUUUACAAGAAAAUGUGCGAGGUAGCCUACCUUUCAAAUCAGCUCCAACUGAGACAUUUGGAUUUGUUGCAUUGCGACUUGCACUAAACUCUUUCCAAAUUGAAAAUACUUCCCCUUGAAACCCAAUGUGAAAUAUUCAUUAUUGUUGUACAAUUUGUCUUUGCACUUUGGUCUUAUCGUCUGAGUACUGCAGCAUUGAUGUAGGCAACUUUCCAUGAAAGUCAACACAUUUUAUUAAAAGAAUAAUCACUGAUUUUGAAUCCAUGUCGCUGAAGACUAAUGCAUAACAAUGGCUUCUAUCUCUAACCUAAGGGUAAUCACUUACCCUGGAAUCUCUGAUGUAAAAAAUAUCUCAUGAGAGGUGAAAACUGGGGAGAGCAAAUAUCCACACCUGCUUCUUUUGCUCAAUGGGUUGUAGAAAAUCUAAACUCGCCUUGUGAUCAGGGCAUUACUGAUACCGCCAACACCAACACUUACACCGCUGCUCCAUCUGCCCACCACCACCUUUAUGCCCUGUAGCGCACGCUAACAGUCUAAUACUCACUUCUGACUGGUACGACUGGGUAAGGGUUCACGGUUCCUGAAGCUGGCGGGGGUUUUCAUAUCCCAGCAUGCCCAGUCAUCGUGCCAGUCGGCCUUGCCAGCCUUCAUUAGGUGAAACAGUGAAAACAUUCCCCUUCAAGGGGGUUUUAUGGUGCAGCUUCGAACAAUCGAUACCAAAAACCUCCAGCGUGGAACUGCCCUUCAGCCACGGGCAAAGUCUCCCGGGUCAGGAGAGAUCAGCGGGAGACCGCCUCCAUAUGAGGCCUCUGUAUCCAGCGGCAGCUUUCUCUACUAACUCUCUCUUUCUGCUAAAUACAGCGUAAAGCAACCCACGUUUGGGAUGAAUCCAGUGUUUCACUUUUGAUUUUACUUCAUUGUUUGGUUUCUGUAACAAAAGCUGUAUUGAUGGUUGUUUUCUUCAGCUUGGAUGAUGCAAAAGUCAUGCCAAAAUGUUGAGACAUGCAAUGGGAUGUAGAAGGAACCCCCCCUAUACAGGACGUACAAUCAUAGAGGGACGGGGAUCGUAGCACUUUUGUGAAGCUUUUGAUGGCAUGAAUGUGCAUAUGUGUGUGUGAGUGUGUGAGUGUGUGAGUGUGUGUGCGUGUGUGUGUGUGUGUCCACAUUAGGCAAACUGUGAGGGAAGCAGUGAUUCAGCAAGGUGGUUGAUAACAGAUUUUUAACUGCUGAACAUGUGUGCAACCUUGUGGGAGAAAUUUUGGUUUUUACUUCUGUUGCUGAAAAAUGCUCUUAAUCCAAGCGAUGGCUGACAAUGUGUUUAUUCUUUUUUUGGUUAAACCCUUCAUUCAUCCAUACAUCCACUCACUUGCUCAUCCGAAUGCUGAGAUCAGUAUCAGUAUUUGGCCUCUCGAUUAUCUGCGCGUAAAUCAUAUACUUAAAAUACCAUAUUCAGCACAAACGUUGUUGUUAACAGUUGUUUCCUCAGUAAAAGGAAGUAGGACACAUAAUCAGCUGCUCAUUUGCAUUUUGUCCCCAUUUGUCUCGUCGCUUUCCGUUAGCCAACUCAUUUUCUGAGCUGCUAACCCCAAAAGAGAACCUAAUUCACAGAAAACCGACGAAUGCCGUGUUGUCUUGCAGUCGAGGGCAAACCUUUGGCUGCAUGCUGACAAACAAUGGAAACUAAUUUAUGGUUGACAUUGAUCUGCUCCUUUGGAAAACCAUGCCAAAUGACAACCCUUUUCUGGGUUUUAAGGAACAAGAUAUUGGACAAUAUGCCCAAAACUAUAAAUACAGAGGAUUCAAGGAAUUGUGCUGGAUAGUAUUCAAUAAAUUUGACUCAUAGCUCUUCUUCUCCCCUUGAAUUAAAAUCCAUCUUGACAUCCAGCAGAUCUCAAAGUCACUUCAGAUACCAUAGCACAUUUCGUCUCUUUGCCUGAAGAAGCAGGUUUUCUGUCACAGUGUUGCUCCGGGUCUCAUGUCGUCUCUCAGGCUCCUCCAGGCCAGCUAUAGCUGUCCCACUGCUCUGAUUAGCAUUAGCACUCCCGGGUCCUCUUCUCCAGUCGCAGUUCGGCUAAUGAGAUCGCUCUGGGUCACAGGGAAACUGAGCGGUCUGGAGCAAACAAAAAAACAACAACAAAAAAAACAGGGACCUUGAGAUGGACGGAUUCCAACGCUUUGUACCCAGUGGACAGAUUUGAUGUAGACACAAGAGAUCCUGUUAGCAUAGAGAAAUGCCAGGAGAUAGUGAGAUAUAUUAAAAUAAACACUAAACUGUGAUGGAAAAGAAUUAAAGAAAACAUUUUCCCACAUGAAUAUCUAAAUCAUUACAUCAGCCUUUGCAUUUUAUCUCAUGGAUUACAGAUAAAAUAAAUGACCAUUUAUCCGCAAAGUCUCAACCGUCUCUAUUCCUAUAACGAUAAAAUACCAUUUUUGUUUCCCUCCAUCCUCACCCCUUCUCUUCCUUUCUGUCCACAGCAGUUGUCCAUGCACUAUCAGCUGCAGGAAUGCACACUUUACACAUUUUGCCCAAAGAUUUGCAUAUUUGCAAGUAAACUGCUGUGAAUGUAGUAGAUUUAGUGACGAGCUGAGAGGCAGAGAUGCAGAAAACGAGUCUUGGAUGGGAGGUCAGAAGGGUUAGUGUUUUCUCACCUGAUCGGCCCAUUAACUCUUAAUUACCAGCGUGCUCGGACUUCAUGCUCCAUAACAUUUUCAGUCCCUUGUCUACUGCUAGCUGGAGCCGAACUCAUCGUUCACAAAUGUAAAAUAAUAUUCACAUGGUCUUAGGUGUCUGGUGUUGUUGUGCUGGCAGGGUUAGCAGGAGUGAGGAAGUUUAGAUUACGUCAGCUGCUUAGCACGCUGCCAAUAGCACCAGUGAAUUUCAUAUCAAAGUGCAGUCAGAGUGGGUCUGGAGUCUUGGGAAAUUGUUUACAUUGGAAACCAAUUUUAAUUCACCAACUGUUCAAGAGUUUACCAAUGUAUCAUCUGUGUAGAGUUCAGAAGAAAUCCCAAAAGGACAUUUCUGUCCUUGGGAACUUAGUGAAGGCAGGUUGGUCUGAAUCUGGGAUUGAUUCGUAUUGAUGCAAAAGCAAGCAGAGAGGCUUCGGAUGGCCAAGCUUCAUCUGAAAAGAUGGAGUCUACACACUUUCAGUAGGUUUGCCCAAUAGAACACCAAUAUGUUUUUUCUUACUAACAAGCAGAAACAUUGGCCAAUUAUACGGACAAGUUAUGCAGGUGCAGCCUAGAUCAUGGUCUCAUUGUACCAAAUUUCCUGCAUCCAUUUAAACUUAAACAUUCUUCUUUGUAGUUUUGACAUGUGUCACUCAUUGGAGAACUUGUCAAGGUAUCUGCAAUUAACAACCAUUUGAACUAGUAAAUAGCCUGAAAGGGUUCCGAGUAAGAAGAAGAGCAAAUUCAGACUCAAACCAACAAACCCAUUUAAAAAAAAAAAAAAAAAAAAGUCUCUAAACAUUGUCCUUGACUCCAGGCAGUUCUUCUAACAUUGUCCGUUCAGGGACCAGGCUCCGGUUUCCACAGUUUCCAACAUAUUACUCAGAAGAAGGAUUGUCAAUUUAGGCAGCUUUUGUAAAUAGUGUGAGAUCUUUCAUACAGAUCUGUAUUUGGCAACAGCACUGUCUCAGACAUUUCAGCAUAUCUAUAGAUCGGCUUUAGUUCUCGCAAACAUUGCGCUACAUAAUCAUAUUUAGCUAUCACACUCUCCAUGUGCACGCACUGCUAGCAUAGUCUGUUGGAGCACUCUGUCAAAUAUCCACUUAACAUGUGUCACUGAUCCAGGAUGCACUUUGCCACCAAGAACCAUUUUGCUACACGUCCACAUACAGACUAAAACCUCUGGUGAAAUGCCUUUUACAUCACCGUUAUUCUGAGGAAUAGGUUGUACUUUCAAACAUUCAGUCAAACUGGGACUUGGUUGAAUUGUCUUGGCGUCAGUAGCAUCCUGAAGUGACUGUCUGUUUCUACUGUGUUUGUCUUUGCUUGAAGUGUCAGUAUAUAAGAGAUUCACAGAUCUUUGCCCCUGUCCUUGUGUCUGUACAUUUCACCUCACUCCAACCGAAACCCUCUCCACCCAAACCUCGACCAUCUGAGCCCCUUUGGGUUCAAACAUGCUCAGAGUCCUCACAUAUCCAGCUGUUCUGUUCUGGGAGCUGUUCUCAAGCGCUAUGCAGCUUUUGAGCUCCAAGCAGUUCUUCAGAAAGACUGCAAUAUCUUUUCCACUUUUCUAUCCAAAUGUCGUCAGUCAGAACAGUGAAAGUCCAGACAACUCGUCUGUGUAGGUGCAUCUCUGUCGGUUUAUCUGCACAGCUAGACCCUGAUGCUUGAGGGAUUUGUAUGGGUAACUUCAAGUUCAAGAACUUCUUGAGGACAGUGGUUCCCCCCUCUGUAUGUGCAAAACAAAUCUGUCUCAGAAAUGUUCUAUUCGUCUUACGUACAAGCUUUGUCAAAUAGUACAACUUUAUUGCUAAUCAAUUUUUUGUACAAUUUUGGUAAAGCAAUGCCUUCACAAUAAGUAACAAAAAAAAAGUUAUUGUAUACAAUAUUGUUGAUUAUCAUCAUCAGAACUCUAUUAGUGAUUGGCUGUAAAUGAGAUUUUUUUUAUUUCUUUCAAUUGAUAACAUUUAAAUUUGGUUGUUUUCCCCAAACUUGGGUCUUAUUUUCUUACUUUUGCCCAUCGUUCCUAAUAAUUAUGGUUAUUUCUAAACGGGGUUAUAGUCAAAAUGAGACCAAAGUUAUAAUGAACAACUGAGCAUACUCUCAAUUAGUAAGCAUUAGCACCCAUACAACAAAAAUCUGAUGAACAGACAGACAUGACUUGGAUGCCAAUGUUCAUGUCACAUAAUGAAAUAAGUGACAAGUCCUUUAUUGUCUUUAGAGAAAGCCCCUUUCUAUCAUCCAGUCUGUAUACGCAUCUAACUCAAACUAAACCAACUUUCUAUUUCCUGGGGUGAGUUGACAUGUAGAGAAAAGAGAAGACAGCAGAUGUGUUUUUCUCCAUCACAACAUCCCUCUCACCUGUCUCUCCGGGGCUCUGUUACUCUGAUACCUUUCAUUUCAACCUUCAAUCCAUAAACCUUCACUCCACACCCACCUUCCUCUCCGACAUCACCUUCACAUCUGUUGGGUUUUUUUACGUUUUACUUUCCUUUCUGUUGUUUUACUUACAAUUUUUGCUGUACAAAGUGUUUAAAAUAUUAUUUGUAUUAUAUGAUGUUAGUAUGGUAAUGUUCUUUAUUAAGGAAGAAGAAAAUUUAUUUUUGUUACUGGUCUGUUUCAUAAUUCUUUUCUAAAUUGGUAUUGUAAGAUAUCUAUGCAAGAACUGUUAAGUGGAGCAUUUUUAUUUAAGAAUGUAAUAUGUGUAAUAAAUGGUAGAAUCUG